UGAACUGGAAGUACGGGGACUCCUCUACCUUUUUCCCAGAAGACUAUAACUGGGUCGAACCUCCAGUGAAGACUCUUGUCAACGGCAGAAAUGAUACCUUUACCCAGAAGCUCGGAGAUGAAUGUCUUCCUUUUCUGGGGGAAGUUCCUGAUGAACCUUGGCUUCCAAUCGAGAACAUUGGCAUCGUAAGCAAUGGUCGCUGCGCUAGUUCAUGCGCUAUCUUCGCUGUAAGUAGUGCUAAAGAUGAAUUAUCCCAGCUCGGUUCUUACUCUCUCCAGAUUACAAUGCAAAAGAAAGAAGGUGCAAAAGUUGCGGUUGUUGGUGGUCGCCAAUCUGUUCCUCAGCAAUACACCGGGACUGUUGGCGGACAGUCGACAAGCUUUACGGCCAUUGACUCCGAAAUCAAGACCACUCAUCUUAAGAACCACCCUUUUGCUCCUCCGGACUUUAUUGGAAACUCUUAUCAGGGAAUCACCUGGAGGCUAGG